GCAGUCGAUCGGCGGCACUCAACAGGGGAUAACCACACCGCGGAUGCAGUGAGCACGGUCACACUCCUCCCCUGAGAGAGGGCGAAUGAUGCCGACGCACAUCAUCCCUAUCCUGGCAGCAGCAGCUAUCAUGGUCGUCGCAGCCAAAGGCGUGCAGAUCACCAGAUUGUCUAUGCCUCGGUGGGUACAAAAUGGCACCGAGGACUCAGUGGUGCUGGACUGCGAAUACAAUUAUUCGGAAGACGACAAGCGACUGGUGGUGAAGUGGUUCCUGAAUGACGACCCGGAACCCAUCUACCAGUGGAUACCGGAGCUGAACCAGCGCUAUGCUUCAGAGCGCGUCAAAAGCAAGCUCAACAUGGACUACACAGUGUCGCCGUCCAGCCAGCACACCCGGUAUAGGGCCCUCAACCUCAUGAAGCCCACCACGGAGCUGAGCGGGAGGUAUUCCUGUCACGUGGUCUCCAUGGCCAGCCAGGACGCCGAGGACCAGGUCAUGGUCGUUUAUGCUCCUCCGCGCAGUUUCGAUUUCAACUACACCAAGAUGUCUUCCGAGGCGGUGAACUUCACGUGCGAGGCGGACGGCGUCUUCCCCAUGCCCAAGAUCACCCUGCUACAGGUGGAUGUGCCGGAACGAGAGCCGAACCUGGUGUCGGGCGUGAAGACGGUGACCACGUCGCAGAGGGGCGCCUACUACGUCCAGGUGUCCAGGGAGAUCCGGGAGUGGGAGCUGAGUGAGCAGCCCACCGUCUUUGAGUGUGUCCUCUCCAUCCCGGGAACCGACUAUGAGAAUCAGAGGAAGAUACUCUAUUGGCCAGGUAGCAUAUCGGGGACGUGGCGAGCGAGAGAAGGAAGUUGGCUACCAGUGUUAGAAAUAGUGCUGCUCCUCAUCGUCAAUUUGUUAUUGUCUUAACACUUCAGGUGUGCUUCUCCCGGAGUGUCAGGAAGUCGUAUCCGAUCGGGCUACCUCUCCAACGUUCCCGGAAGCUGACAACUCGUCUGCAGGCAUCAGACAGACACACCACAAGUGAUUAUUGUGAUAGAAAAAAAGGAACGAGAGGCUGUUCUUUUUCACCCGCUCGGCGGCUCUUUCAAGGCCACGGACUCCUUAGUUCUCUUGACGCUUUGGACUGCAGACGACAGGACACACUUCUCUUUUUUACCGUUUUCAUCGACAGUUCUUUAAUCCGAUCUGACGUUUCCGCAUCCCCAUACCCCCCAGUGCGAAUGGAGCUGUGUACUUAACUUUUUUUCUAACCCUGACCCCCCACAAUCUGUGGAGGGGUCGUUGGAUAUAAAUGUUGGGGAACAGACCAACGUUUUAAGUAGUAGAUCUCAACGGCUGGAUAUCAGAAGCUUCUCCCCUUAACCAUUUUAACCUUUUAAUCUUUUUGGAUUUAAUAAUUACGAAAAAUGAAAAAAAGUAAAGCAUAGAGCAAAUGUAAAAGAAAUGGCAUCACGUUUAGUAACUCUCAAUUAGCUAUCAACACAAUGACAUCAGUUUGUCUUGCAGAUUUCUUACUUAAUCAUUUUUAACUAAAAACUCCCACUAAUUAAUUUCGCCUUACAUUUAAAAAUAUCAUAAAUCAAUGGUAAAUAUUUUCUUUAAAAUAUUUAAUCUAUUUUUAAGCAUUCGAAGGUCAGUUUCUCAUUAAUGUAUUGAAUAAAAUCGUACAUCAAAGAAAUUCCUUUGCUGUUCUAUUUUACUCUAAUUAGAAUAAUAAUGGAAAUUUAUUGCCAACAGAAAUUUACUAAUCGCAAAAGACUUACGUAAUAUUUAUUUGAAGUAUUUGUUUGCUAUUUAAUAGGUAUUUUUUUAAAAAUAUUUAAUAUACACAUAAUUGUAAAAUGGCUGCAACAGCAAAGUAAAGC